UGCAUGUGGUUCACUUUCUUCCGGCGCCCAACUUGUGAGGAAGAAAAUAAGAGAGAGAAAGAGAAAGAAACUCUUUCGUUCUUUCUCCACGAACCUUCCAGCACCGGUCACCGUGAAAUUUCCCUAUCUCUGGCUAAUUCCUCCGAUCAUCUCCUCUCAAGUCUCUGUUCUUAAUCAGAAUGGCAGUUGGUGUAGAAGAAGCGAGAGGCGGCGGCGGCGGCGGUGAAGGAGUGAGAAGAAGAGGUUGCUCGUGCACAAAAGACGAUUUUCUCCCUGAGGAGUCAUUUCAAAGCUUCAGCAAUUAUGGAAAAGCACUCCUUGAAACGCCAAUGCGUUUCAAGGACAGACUCUUUACUCGAUCUGUGGAUUCUGUAGAAAUCACAGAGGUCAAAGCUCAAAGCGAGCAUGAAAUGAAAAAGAACCUAACGUGGUGGGACCUUAUCUGGUUCGGUAUCGGCGCUGUUAUUGGCGCUGGAAUAUUCGUCCUCACUGGUCUUGAGGCAAAGGAGGUCUCCGGGCCUGCGGUUGUCUUGUCUUAUGUGGUUUCCGGCGUCUCCGCGAUGCUCUCCGUAUUUUGUUACACCGAGUUCGCCGUUGAAAUUCCUGUUGCUGGCGGUUCAUUUGCUUACUUAAGAGUAGAACUAGGCGACUUCAUGGCGUUCAUUGCCGCUGGCAACAUCCUUCUCGAGUAUGUAAUUGGUGGUGCUGCGGUGGCACGUUCAUGGACAUCUUAUUUGGCCACUCUCUGCAACCACAAACCUGAUGACUUCCGUAUCAUAGCCCACAGCCUUCCUGAUGAUUACGGCCAUCUUGACCCCGUUGCUGUUGGGAUUACAGCCGUCAUUUGCGUUCUUGCAGUUCUUAGCACCAAGGGCUCUUCUCGCUUCAACUACAUAGCAUCCAUUGUCCACAUUGCUGUAAUUCUCUUUAUAAUUAUUGCAGGCCUUAUUAAUGCGGACACCAAAAAUUACAGUGAUUUUGCUCCGUAUGGCUCUCGUGGUAUUUUUAAUUCAGCUGCUGUGCUUUUCUUUGCUUAUGUUGGGUUUGAUGCAGUUUCUACAAUGGCAGAAGAGACCAAAAACCCUGCUCGCGAUAUUCCUAUUGGUCUAGUAGGUUCAAUGGCAAUAACUACAUUGCUAUAUUGUUUACUAGCCGUAACAUUAUGCCUUAUGGUUCCCUUCAAGCAAAUUGAUGCAGAUGCUCCAUUUUCCGUAGCCUUUCAACUGGUGGGAUGGGAUUGGGCUAAAUACAUUGUUGCUGCAGGUGCAUUAAAAGGAAUGACAACAGUUUUGCUUGUUUCUGCAGUGGGUCAAGCCCGCUAUCUCACUCACAUUGCUCGUACUCAUAUGAUGCCACCAUGGCUAGCUCAGGUUAACUCAAGAACCGGAACUCCUGUCAAUGCAACUAUUGUCAUGCUUACUGCUACUGCUAUUAUUGCUUUCUUCACAAAGCUUGAUAUAUUAUCCGAUCUUUUAUCCAUCUCCACACUGUUUAUUUUCAUGCUCGUUGCACUAUCACUUCUUGUUCGUCGUUACUAUGUUCCUGGAGUUACAACACCAGCAAAUCGAAUGAAGUUGAUAUUGUGCAUUUUGGUAAUUCUUGGCUCCUCUAUUGCAACUGCUGCUAUAUGGGGUGCAGGUGGUAAUGGAUGGAUUGGCUAUGUUAUAACUAUACCCAUAUGGUUUUUGGCUACAUUAGUACUAAGUGUUUUUGUUCCAAAAGCAAAAGCUCCAAAAUUAUGGGGUGUUCCAUUAGUGCCAUGGAUACCAUCUGGUUCGAUUAUUAUCAACAUUUUCCUUCUCGGAUCGAUUGAUGCGAAAUCUUUUGAAAGGUUUGGUAUUUGGACUGUUGUUUUGCUGAUUUAUUAUUUUCUAUUUGGUUUACAUGCUACUUAUGAUGCUGCUAAAGAAUCAAAGGUGAGAAGAAAUGCAGGGGGCUGGAAAGAGUUGGAAGAAGGUGCACAGCCUACUGCUUAAGUAGAUGCAAAAUUAAUAUACAAGUUAAGGUUAAUUAAUUUUCAAAAACAGAAAAAAAGAAAGGAAGUAAAGUAUACUGACUGGCUGGCUAUUGUGGGUAUUGAUGGUAUCCAUAACUUUUAUCUUUAGUUUCUGUAAUUGGUUUCUCUUGUAAAAUACAAAGGCGUGCAUGCUUUUUUCUUUCCCUGUUCCUGAAGCUCUAGUUUUUAUCUUCCUUUGUAUUAGUUUCCCUUUCAAGCGAAAUUGUAAAAAAUAAACAUUUGUACUUAUUGUAAGUAUCAAAUUCAAGAUUUAGUCGACCAAUUAAGUAGUUGUAGUC